UUCAGCCGCCUGUUAGGCGCCUCAUUCCCCCACCACCAAUAACACAACCAUCCUCAGCAAAUUCAUCAACUUUAUGUUCUCCAAAUCUUAAGAAGGAAAGGGGAGUUCUCGUGAACAUUUUUGCCGAACUUCCCUUUCGAGGCUAAAAAAUGAGCUUCAGGUUAUGUUGUUCUGAACUCACAUACCCCAAUGUAGAGGGUUUGAGGAGUACAAAGGCAAAUCCAGUGGCAUCUAACUCUUUUAGAAGGGCUGGUUGUUAUUCUCUAUCAUCAUAUUCUGAUGCUAGAAAAAUGAUGAUAUCAAGUCAUCUAGUUCCUGGCCAUUUAGAAGGAUCAUUCAUGGGAAAGAAACGGCAGGCAGAUCCCAGAAGGAAGCUCGAAUUCGUGAGGACAUUGUUGAUUGAUAAUUACGAUAGCUAUACAUACAACAUUUACCAGGAGCUAAGUGUCAUCAAUGGCUUGCCACCGGUGGUUGUUCAAAACGAUGAACUGACAUGGGAAGGCAUCUGCUCUUUCUUGUAUGAGAAGGGUGCAUUCGAUAAUAUUGUUAUAUCACCUGGACCUGGUUCUCCUACAUGCCCAGCAGAUAUAGGAUUGUGUCUUCAGCUGCUGUUGGAGUGCUGGGAUAUCCCUAUUUUGGGCGUUUGUCUUGGACAUCAGGCUCUAGGUUAUGCACAUGGUGCUCAAAUUAUCCAUGCAUCUGAGCCAAUCCAUGGACGUCUGAGUGAAAUUGAGCAUGAUGGCUGCAAGUUAUUUGCUAAUAUACCGUCUGACAGAAAUUCAAGGUUUAAGGUUGUUCGAUAUCAUUCACUUGUUAUAGAUGGAGAAUCUCUCCCGGAAGAGCUCAUACCAAUAGCUUGGACCUCUUCUGAUGACACACUUUCUUUCCUGGAGACCCAGAAGUUUGAUGCUGCCAUCCCUGAUACCUUUGAGAUUGAGAGUUAUCGGGCUUCCAGCCAUGUUAAUGGAACGAAAAGUAGAAAAGUCAUCAUGGGAAUUAGGCAUGCUACUUGGCCUCAUUAUGGCGUGCAGUUUCAUCCCGAAAGUGUUGCAACAACUUACGGGAGACAGAUAUUCAUGAACUUCAGAGAAAUAACCCGGGAUUAUUGGCUACGGAGUUCAUCAUUCAGCAGGGAAAGAAAUAUCCAUUACACUGAGUCCAUGCAGGUACCCCAUGUUAAUAGACUGUUUGGAGCCAUUCAUACCGGGACGCAAUUAAUGCAAGGUGCAGAAUGGAGAAAUCUAGGACAUUUUGAUAUGGUAAAUGUUUCGCCUCCGAGCAUGCACACUAAAUUUCUAAGGUUAAAAUGGAGGAAGUUUGAUCACUUGGCUAGUAAAGUUGGUGGUUCAAAGAACAUAUUUUCCGAACUUUUCGGGAAAAAUAAGGCUGAAAACACUUUUUGGUUGGACAGUUCAUCAACAGAGAAGGGAAGAGCACGGUUUUCAUUCAUGGGGGGCAAAGGUGGAGAUCUUUGGAAGCAAUUAACUUUCAGAUUGUCUGAAGAAAGCGAUGCAGCUGGUAGGCAUGGAGGUCAUUUAUUGGUUGAAGAUGCCAAAGGCUCUACUAACAGCACGUUUUUGGAAGAAGGUUUUUUCGAAUAUUUGAACAAGGAGCUUCUGUCACUCUGCCAUGAGGAAAAAGAUUUUGAAGGACUGCCAUUUGACUUCUAUGGUGGAUUUAUUGGUUAUAUAGGGUAUAAUCUUAAAGUAGAAUGUGGCGCGGAAUCCAACGCUCACAAAUCCACAACUCCAGAUGCUUGUUUUUUCUUUGCGGAUAACCUUGUAGUCAUCGAUCAUCAUUUCGAUGAUGUUUAUGUGAUGUCGUUACACGAAGGAAAUACAACCAAGACGCAGUGGCUGGAUGAUACUGAAACGAAGCUUGUCAGCUUGAAAGGUUCUGCCACAAGAAAGUUAGAUGAGCGGAUUUUGAAAGCUGCGGCAAGCUCUCCACAUGAAGCAGGCUUUCAUUCCGAGAAAUCCCGGGAGCAAUACAUUAGUGACGUCGAGAAAUGCCUGGAGUACAUUAAAGAUGGAGAAAGCUACGAACUCUGCCUCACAACUCAGUUUAGAAAAUCCGUUGGCGAAGUAGAUCCUUUGAGACUUUAUCUUCAUCUUAGAGAGGAAAAUCCGGCUCCUUACGCGUCAUGGCUGAAUUUUUCGAAAGAAAAACUAUGCAUAUGCUCUUCGUCUCCCGAAAGGUUCCUACGACUAGAUAGAAGCGGUGUACUUGAAGCCAAGCCGAUUAAGGGGACCAUUGCUCGUGGUGCAACAUUGGAGGAAGAUGAACGGCUCAAGUUGCACUUGCAGUACAGCGAAAAGGAUCAGGCUGAAAAUUUAAUGAUUGUCGAUCUUCUGAGGAAUGACCUGGGUCGUGUUUGUGAACCGGGCACCGUUUGUGUGCCUCAUCUCAUGGAAGUGGAGUCCUAUGCAACGGUUCAUACUAUGGUGAGUACAAUCCAGGGGGAAAAACAGUCAAAUGUUAGCGCUGUUGAUUGCGUAAAGGCAGCGUUUCCCGGCGGUUCGAUGACAGGGGCUCCCAAGUUAAGAUCAAUGGAGCUUUUAGAUUCCAUCGAGAGCUGCUCCCGAGGUAUAUACUCGGGCUCCAUCGGAUUUUUCUCCUAUAAUCAGACUUUUGACCUUAAUAUCGUGAUAAGAACAGUCGUCAUACAUGAAGAUGAAGCAUCUAUAGGUGCAGGAGGGGCGAUCGUCGCCCUAUCCGAUCCGGAAAAAGAGUACGAGGAAAUGGUAUUGAAAACGCGUGCUCCGGCCAAUGCCGUGAUGGGAUUUUGAUCACGUUUAGCGUCAACUGAAUCAAAUACGAACGUUAUUCGAUGUCGAUUUUCUGUCUCGAGUUAUUGUUUUGGGAAUAUAGGUCGGAAUCUGCAGAAAAUGCAGCAAUGCAAUGUUGGCAUAGGUUUUACCAGAUUUAUUUCUGCUGAAGGUGAACAAAAGCUAUAAUGGUUUUAAAUAACGUUCGCGAUCACGUUUUAGGUC